CAAAUGAAAAAAAAAGAAUAUAAAUUCAUCAUGCUUUAUUAACUACUUUAGAACUGGCUGGAUUGUUCGAGAUGCCGAGCUGCUGUACAUUCCAUCGCCAUGCAUUUCACGUCUGUCGUUCUCCGCUAACUUGGUCCGACCUGGAUUUGUUGAAUUUUCAUAUCGAAUGCCGAAAAAUAACAAAGCAUUGUCUCUACAUGUAGAUGUACGCAAUCAGCAGUGUCAGAGUUAUAGGGAAGCCAUGCAAUCUAUGCUUACGAAAUAUGCUGGUAAUAGUCGAACACACAAAGAGGAAGCGAAUGGUGAUUGGCAAAAACGAGUAAUUGACUUGAGAACCGGAGCAAAUGUUGUUAGCUGGACCGUUACGAACAGUGCCGGUGCGAAAGUGUCUUCCGAACCAAUUCGAAUCUCGAGAAUUGAUAUCCUCGGACUUGCGUUCACUCGAGAGUGUUCGCUUUGUCCAGUGGGUACGUACUCAGAAGGUGGUGCAGCUGAAUGUACCCCAUGCUCUCCAGGAUAUUUCGCACCAAAAGGAGCUGCGAGGUGCGGUCGCUGUCCGCAAACGCAAUUUUCAGGACCGAAAGCUGAGCGUUGUUCUGAACGGCCAGCAUGUCGUUCAUCCGACUAUUAUCCUGUGACUGAACCGUGUACAAAUGGGACGACUAGAACAACCUAUAAAAAGGUUCAGCCAGCUGUUUGCAGGGAAGACCUUCCCGAGGCCGCCACGGUAUGUCAUCUAUGGAUUUAG